AUGGACUUCCCUUUAGUUGUUUGCUUCUCAUCCAUCUUAUGCAAUUCCUGUUUCCACUCAUUGUUGCCAGCUCCACCAUCACCUCCUCAAUGGCAUUGUCCUCGACCUUUUAUCGCUUUCUAUCGCUCCCAAUCCCCAAUCCCAAUUCUCUAUCUCUUCCUCAACUCCGUAAUAUCACAUAAGAAUUUAUUAGUCUCUCCCUUUGCCAUGUCACUAUCAACUUCGAACAACCCAGCUUUGAGAACAUAUUUGAGACUCGAGUCUAGCAUCAUCGUCUUCGCUAAAGAGCGUGAGCUGUUGCUUGAGGAAUCAAGGUGGAGAAUGACCUCCUUUUUGGUGCAAACUCAAACCCGUUCUUCUUCACACCGAAAGAAACCCCUUGACACCGAAAGGAAUCUCUUCAAAUCGCUCAUCUUCACACCAAAAAACGCACAGCAAUGGAAACUACAUCCUCUGCGUUCAUCUCUUCAAACACAAGGUGAAAUAUUCCGCUGCUUCUUUGGCUGCUCAAAGUCUAUUGCUAAGGAUGAUGCUGCUUGGCAUGCCGCGACUUCUACCACUAAGGCCUCAAGGCUUUCAGUCUCACAAUCUGAGAGCAACAAUCACUCUAGACCAGCAAGAAGCAGUUCAGUGACUCGUCCUUCGAUCUCCACUUUACAGUCUCAGUACAACAACAACUAUUCUUCAAACAGAUCCUCCUCCACAAAUAUCCUCAACACAAGCUCAGCCUCAGUUUCAUCUUACAUUAGACCAUCUUCCUCGAUACCCCGUUCGACAUCUUCGACAAGGCCUUCAACUCCUACUUCGCGCACAACACCAUCAAGGGCGUCAACACCUUCCAGAAUACGUACAGUUUCGACAAGCUCUACUGCUGAAAAGCCUAGACCAAUAUCACAAAGAUCGAGGCCUUCCACUCCUAGUUCUAGGCCUCAGGUUCCUGCAAACUUACAUUCCCCAUCUGCACCAUCGACUCGAUCGUUAUCUCGUCCUUCUACUCCCACACGUAGGAGUUCAAUACCAUCUCUUUCUCCUUCCUCUGCAACAAGUUCUUCAACUUCAGUUGGACGUGUUCCAUUGAACGGGCGUAGUUCAGCACCAUCCUCACGGCCAAGCUCACCAAGUCCACGAAUCUGGGCCCCACCACAGCCUGUUGUUCCACCCGAUUUUCCCCUUGAUACACCACCAAACCUCAGAACAACGUUGCCCGAUAGACCUGUCUCUGCAGGUAGGUCCCGUCCGGGUGUUAACACUUUGAAAGGAAAUACUUCUGAAACCCAAGCGUCGGUUAAUAUGCCAAGGCGAGCUUCGUCUCCUAUUGUCAGUAGAGGAAGAUCAACAGAACCUGUCAGUAAAAGUCGUGGAUUUGCCAAUGGCAAUGGCCAUCAUGCUGAUGUUCAUGAACCUAGAAAAGUCUCACAUGAUCCUGAGGUAGCUGCAAGAAGAUCAGUUAAAGCCUUAACCAACACAACUGACAACUCUGGAUUUGGAAGGAAUAUCUCAAAGAAAUCCUUGGAUAUGGCAAUCAAGCACAUGGACAUAAGGAACGGCUCGGGAAAUCAUCGUGCACUAUCAAGCACCACACUGUUUCCACAAAGUAUUCGAAAUUCCACGCACAAGAGUCAAUAUAAUCGAGGUUCAAGUGCUCCACCAACAUCUAUCGAAGCGAACGGAAACAUACUAAACAAAAAUAAUGGAUCCCAUUUUGACGUGGUAAACGGAAUCAAUAGAAAUAUGAUAAAAGGAAGAGAGAUAGAUGAAAGACAAUACUCAGCAAAACUGAGUGAAAUUGACGUAUACGAGAGCUCUCGUUACGACGCGCUGUUGCUUAAAGAAGAUUUGAAGAAUACAAACUGGCUUCAUAGUGUGGAUGAUAAAUUUGAUCAAGGCUCCUUAUUAUUUGAUAAUGGAUUCGAGAACCUGCCUGAGCCUUUUGGUCUCUUAUAG